AUGAAAGGGGAGACCCUCCUCUUCACUCCCACCUGGGCCCGCCCCCUCCAGAGCUUGACAGCAGAGUGGAGUUGCUCACCACAAAGCUCAGUGUUAAAGAAGUUGGAGAAGAGUGGACCUAAGGGAGCAAAACAAAGGCUGAUGGAGGUGCAGAAAACGAGAGAGGACAUCAGAUCAAUCUGGGAGUUGAGGAUUGUGCUACUGGGAUCCAGGUGGUCUGGAAAGAGUUCAGCAGGAAACACUGUCCUGGGCAGAGAAGAGUUUGACCUGAGGAGAACUGGUCAGUGUGUGAAGGGACAGGGAGAAGUAGCAGGACGGCGGGUCACUGUGGUCGACACUCCAGGAUGGCGGAGAGAUAUCCCUUUAGAGUGGACUGCUGAGCUGGCCAAACACGAGAUGACGCUCAGUGUGUCCCUCUGUCCUCCGGGACCGCACACUAUCCUCUUGAUCAUUGAUGUGGAUUUUGAAUUCAUUGAGGAAAACAGAAGAGCUGUGGAGGUACAACUGGAGCUUCUCAAUGAGACAGUCUGGAGUCACACUAUGGUGCUGUUCACUCAUGGGGAUUAUCUGGGAGACACGACCAUUGAGCAGCACAUUAAUAGUGAAGGGAAGGCCCUGCAGUGGCUUGUUGAGAAAUGUGGAAACAGGUAUCAUGUCUUCGACAAUAAGAACAGGGGUGAUGGAACUCAGGUCACAGAGCUGCUGGAGAAGAUAGAGGAGAUGGUGGCAGGAAACAGAGGAUGUCAUUAUAAAACCAUUCCCACAACCUGCUUCACAGCCACACUGUGUCAACAACCUGCCACACAGCAGCUCCAGUCAGAAGAGCUCCAAGAAGAAGACAACCUCACCAAGGUAGAAACCUCUAACACCAAUUUGAAUAACCUGGAACCAGAGCUGAAGAACCUGUUUGACCCGUCUCCUGUGGCAUCCCUGGGGCUGUUAGGUCCACUAAUACCUCACCAAGAAGACAGGAGGGGUGGAGGCCCAAGGAUGAGCUCUGUAGACUAG